AUGUCUAGCGAAAGCUUCAAAGCCACAGUGAAUUCUCUACCUCCAAACGAAGAAGCAUUUGUUCUGAUUCUUAACUCGCACGCUUUAAAUAUGACGCUAAACUGGUUAUGCAAUACUGAAGGAUUAGAAGGUGUUCACAAUAAAUCCCUAGUAGUUACUCUGGACAAGAAGGCAGCCGACAUCCUUAGAGAGUUAUGGCCUAAUGUUCGACAGCUUAAUUGGCUUGUUCCGGCUCUAGAGCAACCGUUUAACUAUGGAGACGGGCCAUACCAGCUGUUUUAUUUAUUCCGAGCGAAUUUAGCGCGUUCCCUUUUGGCAAGUGGUAGAUCUUUUUGGAUGAUCCAGCAGGUACAAUUUCGUUAGUU